AAUUAUGACUGACGAAACUUGUACUUUUGAAUUUACAAACAAUGACUCUAAUCCUUGGUGGUUUCAUAUUUUUGUAAAGUCACCCGGACAUCAGAUUUCGUAUUUGCCCAUAUACAAACAGUUGAUCAAGGCUAAUUCCAUUGAUACACAUAUAUACUCUGGAAUUUUUCAAAUAGCUACUUCUAAAUAUGAAACCGCUGAUGAUAAAGAUCCAUUUGUAAACCAAAAACGUGUAGAUACUGAAUUCGGCACAAUUUGGGAAUUACGUGAUCAAGAUGGAAAACCGGAACUAAAUCAACUUCCAUCUGGAAGUGUAAAACCAAAUAUUCUGGUUAUUAAAAAUUCUUCAAGAGAUAAAGUGGCUCUUGGUUUAUUUACUAGCGAUGUUAUUGCCGUGAUAAAAAGUAACGUAUGGGUCGAUACACGCGCAGCCUUUGAAUUAUCUGAAACACCGACAUUCUUUGUUGGCAUUUCCGCAGAUGAAUCGACUAGUGGAAACAUGCUAAAAAACAAAAUCACUGUUAGAUUUGAUGGAGAACUUAACUAUGCUACGAUUACAUUAUCUCCACCUGUUGGCAAAAACCCCCCUCAACUUCAAGCUAAAUAUAGUUUCAAAAGCAGGAUGUAA